AAACUGAAUAAUUAGCUUUGGCUCAUGUGUAAGUUGGAGUAUCUAAUAAAUAUUUGACGUUGCAGGUUGUUGCGUCCCAGCUUCUACAUGGUAACAGAUUACCAUUCACACUCUUACACACUGUUGUACAAGAUACUACAGGCUGUUGCUGCUCUACUAUUGGUUCAUCAGCAUCGGAAGGCCGCGUGUCAGCGUCGGCUGAACAAAAGACAGAGAGACCUGGAGGUGGCAUCUAGAGAGAGGGAGAGAGAGAGAGAGAGACGCACGAGUGUGGUUUACAAGCAGCAUGCAGGUUCAGAGAAGCCGGCGCGAGGAAGACAGAAGUGGUUUAAUGAUGACUGGACGAUAAGAAAAGAAAGAAAACUGUCAUCAGCUACUCAGCAGCCGCGCGGACAGCAAGAGAGAGGAAAAAAAAACAUCAAAUACGCAUCAUGGUUGCCGGCGAGCUCGUGCAGGAGCAUCUGCGCGCGGAUGCCGGCGCACCUGACGACAUCACGGUCGGCAGGAAGACUCCUGAGCUGCAGGGAGCAGCCGAGCCAUGCACGGACCCGAUAUACCGAGAGGCGCUGACGGGCGGGGCGGGGGAGACGCUGGAGUCACAGACGGAGCCGGAGAAGGAGGUGCCGCCGGAUGAAAGAGACGCGAUGCUGCCCAGCGGAGGAGGAUGGGAGGCGGGGAAGGAGGAAGGGAAGCGGCUAGAGACCAGACUGUACUGGAGGCGGUUCGCCGUGCUGACCGUGUUCAGCUUGUACUCUUUAGUGAACGCCUUCCAGUGGAUCCAGUACAGCAUCAUCACCAACGUGUUCACCCGGUUCUACGGGGUGACCAACGACAAGGUGGACUGGCUCUCCAUCGUCUACAUGGUCGCCUAUGUGCCCCUCAUCUUCCCGGCAACCUGGUUGCUGGACCGGAAGGGUCUGCGGCUCACGGCCCUGCUGGGCGCCGGCCUCAACUGCGCCGGCGCCUGGCUCAAGUGCGCCAGCGUGAGCCCCGAGCUGUUCGGAGUCACCGUCACCGCGCAGGUCAUCUGCUCCGUGGCGCAGGUGUUCAUCCUCGGCCUGCCGUCCCGCAUCGCCUCGGUGUGGUUCGGACCCCGGGAGGUUUCCACCGCGUGCGCCACAGCGGUGCUGGGGAACCAGUUGGGGACAGCCAUUGGCUUCCUGUUGCCUCCAGUUUUGGUUCCCAACACGCCCGAAAACGAUGAACUGACAGGUCACAACAUCAGCAUCAUGUUCUACGGCACCGCUGCUAUCUCCACAGUCCUCUUCAUUCUCACAGUUAUAGUCAUUAAGGACCGCCCUCCCCUCCCUCCCAGUCAGGCCCAGGCCGUCCUACCAGACUCUCCUCCUGAGGAUUACUCCUACAAAAAGUCCAUCAUCAACCUUGUAAUGAAUAAAGCCUUCGUGCUACUGCUCAUCAGCUACGGUAUAAUGACUGGCUCCUUCUACUCUGUCUCAACACUUCUCAACCAGAUGAUCAUGGCCUACUACGAGAACCAGGAGUUGAAUGCUGGGAGAAUUGGUUUGACGCUGGUUGUGGCUGGGAUGGUUGGCUCCAUCCUCUGUGGCCUGUGGUUGGACCACACAAAGACCUACAAGAUGACCACUCUGAUCGUGUACAUCCUGUCGUUUCUGGGCAUGGUGGUCUUCAGCUUCACUCUAAACCUCGACGACAUCUACCUGGUCUUCUUCACGGCUGGAGCGCUGGGGUUCUUCAUGACGGGUUACCUGCCUCUGGGAUUUGAGUUCGGAGUGGAGAUCACCUACCCGGAGUCUGAAGGGACUUCGUCCGGGCUCCUCAAUGCUUUCGCUCAGAUAUUCGGGAUCAUUUUCACUCUGAUUCAGGGCAAACUGACCACAGACUACAAUCCGCUGGCAGGAAACCUCUUCCUCUGUGCCUGGAUCUUCCUGGGAAUACUGCUCACAGCCUUAAUUAAGUCAGAACUGAAAAGACACAACAUCAACAUGGGAGCAGACGGAAAACACACACAAGCACUUCUUACCGAGUGUCCCAGGGACUGCCCUUCAGAGAAGAAGACCAACGGAGUCCAGCUGGAAUCCUCAGUCAGCUUCUCCCAUGAAACCUCAUUGUAACCCUGCCAAGACAAUGGAUCACAGGACAACUAAAAAAAAAGGUUUCCCUGCUGCCCUGGGAUACAUGUUGGCACCACACUAUAUGUGAAGUACCUGAAGGUACACUUGAUAUUUUUAUUGCCAAGUAUAAUCUCUUCAGUUAUUGGAAAGCUGGAGGCUCUGGAUGUGAGCCACGUUUAAUCAAGCACAGCCACAAUUUACAGUGGAUUCAGGGCAGGUGGGAUGACCAACAUGGCACAGAGGGAGUUUGUCAAAAUGCUCCACCCAAGCUGUUUGACUCCUUCUACUCUCCUCUGCGGUUUGUACUCCCAAACACUUGCACAGAGGAAGCAUUGCCUCCGGUUUACAGAACUUUCGGUUUUGUCCAGAACAGGUCGUUUUUGGAUUGGUGAUAAAGUAUGCAAGCAAGACGCUCCGCUGCACUUUAUUUGUGUUGUAGGUGAAGCAUGGCGCUCCUAGUUUGGUUACUGUAUGUAAAUCUGGUUUCGUAGGAAAACAGGAUGGUGAAACAAGCUUCAGAUUCCUAGAAGAACCAGAGAACCGUUCUGUUUGGUUUUGUACUGUGGCCACUGCCCACUGCACAGGGCCAACGUUUCCUGAGUUUACUUGAAUUAAUCUUUCAUGCUCAUGGAUUAUAGUUGUAAAACACACUGUAAAUGUUGUUAAUAUUGUUUCAUUUGGUUAUUUCUUUACAUACAGCAGUGCUUAUGUUGCUAAUCCAAGAAGAACUUUCAAAUUUCAGAUUUACACCUGUAAUCUGUUUUGAAGCAGCACGGGAUAAAGAGAGACGGAAUAAAUCAUGUUAAUUUUCUACAGUUCUGCAUGCAUAUAAACAGACAAGCUGCAAAUAAUUUCAUAAAGCUUGUUUUAGUCUUUGUCUCUGCAUAAUAAUGGAUGGAUCUUCAGAUCCAAGUCUAGACAAAAUGCAAAAAAAAAACGACAGAAAUUGUAGCUUACUCAAUUGAUAUUGUCUAAAAUUAUCUGCACAUCCACACUGAUUUUAAUUUUCACCCAGCUUUACAUAUGAAUGUGCUUCUUAUUAGCUGGGGUACAUAAAUAGCUGCAGUUAAAAUCUGCCAUGGCUCUUAUUUUGUGACUGACAGCACCUACGCGGCAAAGCAAACACAGCUCAGCUAACCCAAACUAACACGUCAUUUCAUUCAUGACAAAUGAGUCAAAUAGCUCAGAAGUAUUGUUGCUGGCUUUGGGAUUCAUGAGCUUUACCCGCUCUUUACUUCACCACCACAAAGGGACAUAUAGAGGGGAGGACAGGUUAGGGAAAGUGGACGCCGUUUAGAGCAGUUUUUUUUGCGACUCUGUCAUCAAAAGUGGACGUCAGCCACUUAAGACGAGGCCCUGAUGUAACUGACACCGAGAAUAUGUUUAUGGUUCAUGCAGUUGGAAUAGAAAAUGUGAAAACACCAGGGACCAGGAUGGAAAUAAGUCCAGGUCGUUACAUCCCUGACAAAGUCUGAUAUGUUGUAUAUCAAAAUAUAUUGGAGUGUUGUCAAUAAACCUGAACCAAAAAAUUAUAAGUAAUUCUCAAAAUUGUUGGGUUUUUAUCAAAGGGCCCAGUUAUUAACAAAUUCUUUACCUGUUGCAGUUUCUUUUAGUUCGAAAUUUUAACAUGAAAAUGUUGACGUCACAGGAAGUUCCAGCAAAUAGUUUAAUCACCAUUUGAUGGAGAAAAGUUACAGACUUGAUGAUACCUAAAUUUGACUGUAAUGAACGGGA